UCUCUCUGAGUUGAUAGAGUAAACCCAGACUGGUCAGCUGAUCAUCCCUCCAUCCCGCCCCUUUACUCUGAGAAUUCAGAGUGAGGAUAAAAACCCGUCACCUCUCUGAGCUGCAGAGCCUCAAUAAGACUUUCUCUCUAUAAGGAAGCUGCUCAUGUUCAUCAAUAACAUGUCCGGCAUUUUGCUUCUCCUCUCUGUGGCUCUCGCCUUCACUGAUGCUGAAGAGCAUGCUGUUAAUGAGUUGUUUUCCCUGAUCGGAGCGCCGCCGGUGCAAAGUGGAACGUCUGACUCCUCCAGCAACCAAACCAAAACCGGAGCCAAAGAUCCUUCUCUACCAGCCAAUGAGCUGCUGGAGCAAGGCAAAAAAUCUGCAGACCCGAAGCUGGCGCUGUCCCCGGGGAUGUGGCCCAAACACACAGACCCGCUAUCCCCUCAUCCUCGGCCAGGCACACACAGCAAGAGCAAGAAAGGCUCGAGGGACGAGCGGCUUCCCAUCGACCAUAACAAUGAGAAAUUGCGUAAUGAUGGGCAUUCUAAUAAAGUCGUCCCUGCUACUACUGGAGUCGGGGCAUCGAACCGCACACAGACACAGAAAGCUACACCCGAAAACACAAUGCAGUCCAAUAACCCUCCAUCCAGUGAGUCUGAGCUAAAUCACAACUCCAGAUCACGUACACGCUCACAGCAGUCAUCAUCUAACACACACAAAGAAAGUGGGAAUGGUCGGAUGGAUCCCGAGGAGAACAGACCAGGCAAGUCGGGCCUGAACAACAGCCGCUCAUUCAGUCAGAACAACCGGCGCUCUUCCAGUCUACUCUACCACUUCGACAUCCACAAGAAAGAGUCAGAUUUCAGCCACGAUGCAGUGUGUCUGAGUGAAUGCAGGAAGGACAAGGACGAGACAGAGCACUUCUGCUAUAGUGAAUUCGCCAUCAAUGGCAUUGUUCACGACAUUGAUAUAAUUCGUCGAGGCAUCAGGCUGGUCACUCUGCUGGUGAGCAACGAUGGCUUCUACAAGAUGAGCCGCCUGUUCAUCGCUCCAGACACCUUCUUCUUCAAGGUGAACAUCUUGGUUUUGGACACCUACAAGUGUACCAAACCUUGUCCUGACCUCAAACUCGGUAGCAGGUACAUAGUCAUGGGUCAUAUCUACCACCGAAGGCGCCAUCUUCCGUCCAGUCUCCUCACCCUCCUCGCGGGUAAACUGAAACCCGGAGACGGGGUCCUGCGCAGCAACAGCUACGUCAAGCGCUACAACAAGAGAAGGCACCAGAAAGCUCAAGAGGCCAUGCGCUCAAGGUGCAGGUGAAGGAGAACAAAAAGGGCUCGCUACCGACACCUGCUGCAUGGGAGGACUAACUGCGGCCUUAUGUAAAUAUAAAAAGAACAACCUCAUAAUCUUGCAGUAUUAUCGGAGGAGAUAGACAGGAAGACAAAGGCGUCUCUGUCCACCCUGCCCAAGCGUCCGAGUGUAAUAGAUCAAUCCACUCCAAGUGGGGAUAUUUUGCUUGCUGUACAAUGCUUGCCUUUCUGCCUGUCCUCUUUCAUAGACGACUCCAGGGAAAUCCGCUGGAUUCCAUCCACUGGCGGAGGAUCUGAUUCAUGUCUGAAACAUGAACCAGGAACCGGCUAAAUAUUUCCUCUGAGAAAUAUUCAGAGAAAACUAAUAAAAUUAAAGUUUUUAUGUGUUUAUAUACCCUAUACUCCCUGCCCUUUUUGAUAUACACACAAGAACCAUGAUGUGUUUUCAGUGGACAUUUACCCUCAUAAACAACACGGAAAGACCGGAAAGGUCUUUGCAAAAUAACCUCGCUGAGGAAAAUGAGAAAAGUCAUGCAUCCGGAUGGCGUCAGAUUUUUCUAAGUUCUGUCAUUUCAUAUUCCAUAACCCACGUACUUCUUUUACAAAACACAGAACACGCUAUUUGACUUUGAACAUGUAAUGCACUAUGCACAUUUCAGAAGUUACUAUUUUAUAUCCUAUAAGUGCACUUUCUUUAGAAAAUACAUUUUGUGCACUAUGUAGAGUGUAGAAGCCAAUUUUUCGUACCUUAUAUAGUGCACUUUUCUUUACAGAUUUUGAUGUUAAUUGGGCCCACAGGUUUCGUCUCUACACAACAUCCAGUGUCCAGUGUCCUGUAUGCAGGUUUUUUUCCCCCAUACUUUUCCAGUUUGAAAACAUCAUGUGUCAUUAUCUCAGUUAAUGUCUGUUUAUUUUCCUAUUCACACUGUUUGAGCAGCACAGAAUGAGAGCAACAACACAGAGCUCCUAUUUAUUUCACCCGUACUUUGUAUUUCUCCUUUAAAUGAUAUCAGUAUGCAGGAAAUGUGCUGUUAUGCUCAAAAGAAGGAGAGGAAGAAUUAAAGGGUUUGGAAUGGGGAGGGGGAAAAAACAAAACAACAUUUUUUUUUACAACAAAAUCCCUUUCUUAAGACAAGGUUAUUUUCUGUACCUUGGGAUACUUUUACUCUGUAUGUAGGAGAGACUGCAGAAAGAGAAGGCCAGUGUGUAUGCGUUCGUGUUGAGCCCUAAUCGGAUAGUAAUCUGAUCCUCCACGCACCUGGUUACAUGAAAGAGGGCGGUUCUGUUUAGGGUCCUGUGAGCAAAAACAUGGGCCAGGGCCUCAGGGAACAGACGCUCCAGGAGCCGUAAUGGAACGCCACCUAUGGCGAAUGUUUGCCCGCACACACACACACAUACACACACACACACAUAGGCUUUUGGCUCAAAGCUCAAAGGAAGCAGAAGGGGAGAGGCAUGGGCAGGAAAGAAGAGGAGCUUUAUGGGCAUGUUGGGUGAAAGAGAAGGAAAGAUUUAAAGAAAUGUGUUCCUUCAGGCUCCAUUCCAUGAGUCAAAAGUGUAUAAUGGGUGGAACUGAAGGGUAAACAGGGAAUACUUUCAUAUGCACUGCUGAUGCACAUUUUGUCAUUCUCAAAUGUCUUAUUAAAUAAAAAAUAUUUUUUUCUA